AUUUAUGGAUAGACUAUGUACAAGGGCGUUACGAAUACUUUCAGCUAGCGCAAGCAGUGAAACUUCAGCUUCCUAGAUCCAUCCUAGGAGAUCUCUAUAGCUUAUCCAGCCCUCUGAAAUCAUAGCCAGAGGUACUGUUUUGAUGUCGGCAGAAAAUCUCUUGGCAUCCGCCUUUCUCGCCAUCGUGACCUCUCAGAUCGCAUCUAAAACAUUUAUUUCUAAACCCAUCUCCGCAAUUGAGCCACCCCGAAACCGCCCAACCCCCACUUCGAUCCAACAUCUUCUCCUCACAUUUCAAACCGCACCCUCAAGAUCAUCAAUCAAACCUCACAAUGGGCUGGCUAUGGAGCUCCACACCCUCACAACCACCACUGCCUGCACAACUCCCAUCAACCUCUCCUCCUCCUCCAGCGCCCGCCUCCCCAAAACCACGCGCCCUAACCCGCGACGAACAAGCCGACGCCGAGCUCCGCGCCUUCCUCGCCGAACUCUCCGCCGAAACCUCCCCCUCAAACCCAACCACCACCACCUCCCCCAACCCCUCCCAAACCCCCGGCGCCCUCUCAAAACUCAAAUUCCACCCCUCCCCCUCCGACGGCUCCGCCCCCCUCGAUCCGGCCCACGACGAAUCCCUCUACCCCUCCUCCAUGUCCUGCAGCGCCGCCUUCGACUCCGCCUUCUACUGCCAGUCGCUCGGCGGCAAGUUCAACGACAUCUACCGUUACGGCGAGCUGCGCUCGUGCAGCGAGCACUGGGCGCAGUUCUGGUUCUGCAUGCGCAGCAAGUCGCUCGGCGAGGCGGAGCGACGGCGGGCCGUUCAGGCGCAUUACCGCCAGAAGGCGGCGCGGGUCAAGGCGGGGAAGAGCAGCGAGGAUGUGUGGGAGGUGAGGAGGGCGCCGGUGGUGGGGGCGUUUAGUGAGGCGAUUGAUGCGGCGUAGGGAUGCGGGAGUGGGAUAGAAGCUGAGCAGGGUUAUUUUGGGAAGGGGAACAGGGUUAAGGAGCGCUGUUUAGAAGAGACAACGGUGUAGGUGCGUAGAGGUGGGUAGAUGGAGCGGUGUACUAUCACACUAUUUGAAGCGAUGUUGGGUUGUUGUAUACUGUACUAUAGUCGAGAGACAGUAUCUCGUCAUUACUCCACGCACACUGUUCCGCCACUGCUUGCGGUGCUCCAACAUGUUCAUAGAAACCUAGAGCGACGAACGGCACAGCUAAGUGCGUACUCCCAUCAGCUACUGCCUGAUGUGGCCUGGCAAGCUCACCGAUUGCUCCAAACAAC